AUGGGGGCUCUAAGGCCCUGGGCCCGAUACGGGCUACUGGCUGUGGCCCACCUGCUGGCCUUGGGGCUUGGGGCCACAGUGCUCCAAGCCCUGGAGGGGCCUCCAGCCCUUCGGCUCCAGGCUAACCUCAGGGCCGAGCUGGCCACCUUCCAGGCAGAGUUCGGAGCCUGCCUGCCACCUGGGGCGCUGGAAGAGCUGCUGGGCACCGCCCUGGUAGCCCAGGCCCAUGGGGUUUCCAGCCUGGGCAAUGACUCCGAGGCCAGGAACUGGGAUCUGCCCUCAGCCCUGCUCUUCACUGCCAGCCUCCUCACCACCACGGGUUACGGCCACAUGGCCCCGCUGUCAGCUGGUGGAAAGGCCUUCUGUGUGGCCUACGCGGCCCUGGGGCUGCCGGCCUCCUUAGCCCUUGUGGCUGCCCUGCGCCACUGCCUGGCGCCUCUGCUCAGCCGCCCCGGGGCCUGGGUAGCCACCCGCUGGCAGCUGACGCCGCCCAGGGCUGCGCUGCUGCAGGCAGUUGCACUGGGCCUGCUAGUGGUUGGUGUCUUCGUGCUGCUGCCAGCACUGGUGCUGUGGGGUGUACAGGGCGACUGCAGCCUGCUGGAGGCCAUCUACUUCUGCUUCAGCUCCCUCAGCACCAUUGGCCUGGGGGACCUGCUGCCGGGCCGCGGCAGUGGCCUGCACCCGGCGCUUUACCACCUCGGCCAGUUUGCGCUUCUGGGUUACUUGCUGCUGGGGCUCCUGGCCAUGCUGCUGACCGUGGAGACCUUCUCGGAGCUGCCCCAGGUCCGUGCCAUGGUGAAGUUCUUCGGGUCCAGCGGCCCUGUGAAUGCUGAGGACGAAGGUGCCAUCAUAGGCCAGGACGAACUGGCUCUGAGCACCAUGCCACCCUCAGCGGCGGCCCCAGCACAGGCCCCAGCUUGCUGA